AUGGCUAACAGCGAAGGGCCCAUCCGGCUUACGCCGUCAAUGAUCCCUAACUCUCCCAAUUUCGACGUCACAGACUCAUCAUUCUUUCGCAAAUGGGAUGAGCUACCUUCCCCAAAGGAUGUCCAAGCCCAAUCCGAAGCCCAACGUCUUGCGGGAUUCAACCCCAACCCUAGGAGAGGCUACCAAAGCGCCGUGCCUUUCUUUAUAAAACCACAACCCGCGGUCUUUGCAGACAUGGACCUCCUUGUUAAGUGGGGACGCACAGAGCAUAUUUCCGAGGCCCAGACCCUAUUUGCUCUCCGCCGGCUUUUGAAUGACCUUGUUCCUGUUCCCGAGGUGUACGGGUGGCGCACAGAUGGAGAUGUAAAAUACAUCUACAUGGAGUACAUCCGAGGGCAGACCCUGGAGCAAGCAUGGGAGAAAUUGGAGCCCGAUGAUAAGGUUUCGAUCUCCCGCGAACUUCGCAAAAUAUACGACAAUCUGCGUCGCCUUGAGCAGGACCCUUCGGAUCCGUUCGUGGGUAUGCUUCAGCGCCCUACGUUCCAUGAUUGGUUCACAUUUCUCUGCAGAAGAGCGAUGCCGGAUCCUUAUUCGGUACCGAUUGAGCCGUAUCGCUAUGAGUUGCCAGACGACUGUGCCAUCAAGUUCACCCAUGGUGACCUCCAUCGCAGUAACAUCGUUAUCAGUUCUUCUCGGCCGUAUCGUAUUCUGGCUAUUGUCGACUGGGAGCAGUCGGGCUGGUUUCCUGCUUAUUGGGAGGGCCGCAAGGCGCAAUACAGUGCAUGGAUGACAGAAGAAUGGACCACGACGUACUUGCCAAUGAUUUUAGAUAUGUACACUGGUACUUUGGAGUCAUGGGACUACUAUACUAUAUCCAUAGGCCCUUAG